AUGGCUGGUUCUAAUAAUCUUUUGUGGAAGUUUAAGGGAAGCACAGGACCGUUUAACGUGUUGGCUUCAGUGACUUUGCCCUGUGAGGUGGCCCAGGUUCGGGAAAAGCUUAAAGUCAAUUUUGGACUGUCAGAAUCGACCUCCAUCGAUUUCGUAAUAUAUUUGGACAGUGACCCGGAAGUGGUAGUGUCGGACUACUACGUGCUCCCAGUGAAUUCAAAAAUAUAUACAAGGCGUUGCACCUCAGAGGAGGCAUCGGCACUGAUAAAUAACGCAAACACCCUGUUCAAAAGUAGCGGAAAAGAUAACGUAACCUUUAAAUUAGGAAACGAAGGAGAUGACGCGGGAGACGAUGACGAAUUUAAGGAAAUCGAUUUCAUGUUUAACAUGGAUGACCUGUAUGAAACGUCUAGCAAGGCGGAAACGUCAAACAUAAAUGAAGAAGAAGAAGAGUUGAAAAUAGUGGAACUGAUGAAAGGACAGAACGCGUACGACACAAACCAGUACGACUCAUUGUCAAGAAGAUACUACAAGAAUAGAACGCUGCUGAAGCAGAGUAAUUUAUCAACCAGCAGUAUGCCAAUAACUGCAGGAACAACAGCUGCAGCUGGCUACAGCAGCGCGGGCACAUCAGGAGUUCAAAUACCUAAUAGAAUGUACGCACACGACAUGGAAGACCAGAGUGAGAUAAUACCAGUGGACGCAGACUAUAUAUGCCACAUGUGCGGAGAGAGAGGACAUCACAUAAGAAACUGCACAAACGUUGAAGGAAAGAGACUGUCGAAGAAAAUAAGAUCAUCCACAGGCAUCCCAAAUGACUUUUUAACACCAAUUAGUUUUAACGACAUAGCAAAAUAUGAUGAGGUGUAUAUGCUAAAAGAUGGCACCUUUGCAAUCAUGAGGGAGGCGGAAUCUGUAUCCGGUGGAGCAUUUUUCACAAAAACAGUGGACCAGAGAAUACAAGUGCACCUAGGCAUAAGUGAAAAGGACUCGCAGGCACUGUCAAAGGGGUUCAAGUGCACAAUUUGCCUCUGUUACUUUAACAAUCCUGUGACAACGCUGUGCUGCGGUGAAACGUUCUGCCUAGAUUGCAUAAUAGGGAAGACGAACACGACCUUCACGAAUAAAAUCACGUGCCCAACCUGCAGAAGGAACAUCAAAAUGACGGACCUACAAGCAAACACGUCACUCAAAAAGACAGUUCAGGCGCUGAUCCUAGGAAACGUGGAUGUGUUGAAGAAUGUAAACAAGGAACAGGAGACGAAGGAAGAGGAAACAAACGGUAAGACAGAAAAUAAACAGGAUAAGAUAUCACUGUUCAACAUUGAGAGUUUGAAAAGGCAAAAGGUCCAGGUGGACAAGUACCUGGCCAAAUAUCGCACCUAUAAAAACCUAAUUUGA